AUGCCCGCACGCCGCUGGCCAUGCCGAUCCGCGCCCCUGCACGCCCCUAGUCGCGCCCACUCACGGAGCGCUCCAGUGCCCCUGCCUCCGCCCUUCGGCUCCCGCUCGCGCCCGCGGAUCCCUCCCCCUUUGCUCGCUACUGCCCCUCGCCUCGCAGUGCCGGGCCGCGCCCGCGCGCGCUCACCGCAGCCGCCGCCCUUGCUCCCCGCGCUGAAACCGCCGUUGCUAGCCGCCGCUCGCGUACGCCCGCGCCGCCGGUUCUGUCGCUGGCCGCCGCGGAUCCCGCCCGCCUCCGCUCACCCCGCGUGCACCCACCUGCGCCUACGCGAGCCCUGCCACCCCGAUGCGUGCUCGCCGCCCCGCCAUGGCCGUCCGCGGCCACCUCCAACCGCGUCCGGCCUCGGCAACCGCCGCACCCCGCCUCUGCUUCGCCUGCCGCUGCGGCCUCACCGCGCCGCCUGCAUGCCUCCGCCGCCUCCCCUGGCCGGCGUUGUGGGUGCCGGCGGCCGCGCCGAUGGCCUCGCCGAGCUAGCGCCCGGGUUCCCCCAAUCGGGCACCCGCGAGCCCCUUCGCUCGUAA